AUGGCGGACCCGCAGUAUUCCACCCUCACGAAGCUAGGCUUCGGCGCCCUGAUCUUGAACUCGGCGCUGGCCAUCUACAACUCCUGGGACGACGCCGGCUCCGUCGCCUUCGUGCUCGUCGCGGUCGCCGCGCCCUUGCUGCUCGUCCUCCGCCUCCGUGAGUUCGAGAUGGCCACGGUGUGGGCGCUGACGACGACGCUGCUCACGGCCAUGUUCGCCUGGAGGGUGGCGCCGAUCUUGCCGCUGGCCGUCGGCGUCCUCGUCUUCCUCUGCCUCCACGACGUCGAUCAGGUCCGCGGCGGGGAAGGCGGCGCCAGGAUGAACAUGGGCGGGCAAUACUCCGCGCUGGCCAAGGUGGGCCUCGCCGUGCUGACGUGCAACGCGGCGCUCGACGCUUACGACGUCCGGCGCGACCCGGUCUCGGCGGCGAUCGUCUUCGUGUCCCACGUCGUCCUUGUGGCCCUGAUGGGUCUUUUUGUCCGUGCAUUCGCCCAGGCUCGCGCCAGCGACUAG